AUGGGAGUGGGUCCUUCAGUUGACAUGUCUGUCCCUCCGGGUGGUUCAAUGAUUACCUUGCAAUCGCCUCAAGAAUGCUUUCAAACCAGGCCCAAGUUCAACGAGACCUGGAAACCUGAUUGUAUGUCAAUGAUCGAUGAUGCUCGGUGGAAUGACUUCGUGGGCAAAUUGACUGUCAUUGUGGGCUCAUACUUUAAUGAGAUGAUUCCCUUCAUGAUAGUGCCCCUGGGAUUUGCUGCAAUGAUUGGAAUCUGGUUUGUGCCUCUCACGAUGGACGACACGCCCUUCCCCCAAUUUGCCGGCGCCAUUGUGGCUUUCGCAACUAUACUGGUGGUGUCGGUCGGGCGCCUCAUCGUGGUGACGAAGAACACGGCAGAAGAUCAGAAGAUUCAUCAACUCUGCAGCGAGCUCACCACCGCAACACAAGGAGCGAUCCAGGUGCAGUACCGCACUGCAUGGACAGGCUUUUGCAAGCCCAAGCAUGCUCGGACCGCACGGCUCAUCGUGUUCUGUCCGAGAACCAGCAUGGGGCCAGUGACCAUACCAAUCCCCGGUGCAGCACCCAUCCAAUCGAUCAUGAUCACAGUUCCUCCUGGUGUGGUUCCAGGGCAACAGCUUCAGGUUCAGACACCGACGGGCAUUCAAACUGCCACCGUGCCAGAAGGUGUUGGUCCAGGGCAAAGCUUUACCUUCACCCCAGGUGCUCCUGUGGUGGUGCAAGCUCAAGUUGUCCAUGCAGAAUUGGUUGAUGACAAUAAGAUGCAGGCCUAG